AUGAGGAAUAUCGAACGAAUCAGGAACCGCGAGGAGGAAGAAGCAGAUCUGUCAGAUGCUGUCGAGGCGAAGCUGCAAACGCUCCUCAAGGACGGGGCAAACACUUUCAUGGACUUCAAGUGGCUCCAGCCGGAAUUACCGAGCUUCUUCGACGAGAAAAAAUUUCUUCUCGGCCAGCGGAUGUUUUACAACAACGCUUUCACCAUGAUGAUCGCGAAACUCUGCGGACUGUUGUCCCUGUUCGCGGUACCGUCGAUCAAGGACGUUUUAGCGUACACGAAACGUAGCGGUACACCAUGCGCCGCGUUUCAUAGAUACGUGUCCACCAUUUUACACACGUGGGCCUGGUACGGGCGAAAAGCUGGCAUAGACAGGGAGUUCCUCGACUCCCUGAAGAUCGUCCGGAAAAAACACUGCGUGGCGUUUCGUAGAAGCUCCGAGGCAGGACUCGCGCGUGUCACUCAGCUGGACAUGGCGUUGGCUCAGUUCGGAUUCAUGGGAUUCACCGUUUUGGCCGGGGACUAUCUUGGGGUGAACAGCAGUUCCGAGGAACUCGAGGGUCUUGUUCACUUUUGGCGCGUGAUCGGCAGCAUGCUCGGGAUGGAAGACAAGUAUAAUCUUUGUACCGGAAGCAUCGAAGAGACACGGGCUAUUUGCAGACGUCUACUGGACGAGGUUUUCCUUCCGUCUCUUGCCACCGAGAACAAAGACUUCAAAGAGAUGAGCCGAACGUUGAUAACAGGUCUUUGGCCGAUAAACCCGUACAUGGACCCAAACGCGUUCGUCGCGUUUACUCUCAUUUUGGCGUCGUCGAGCGCGCCGAACAACAAUCAUUCCUUGAAAAUAGAUACGUCAAACCUGUCCUGGUACGGAAGAUUCAUUUUAAAUGUUCAAAUAAUGGUACACAAGUACCUGUUACCGGCCACGUAUUGGUGGUCCUCGUUGUUCAGGGCGUACUUCAACGGCCAAAUGCGAUUGGCCAUGUAUCUGACGGAGAAUUUUCCGUUUCUGGCGUUCUGGAGCUACGGCGUGAAAAACUCUUACGUGGAUAUAUACAAGUAUCGAGUGAUCUGA